AUGACAAUCACCGACAUGGACAUUGAACGCACCACGGCAUGUGGUGCUGAUGUGUUGGUCGUCGGAGAAGGUCGGGACAAUGAUGUAAUCCACAGAUAUUGUUCACGUGAACGACGUUACGGCAACGAAACUGAAGACGAAUUGCUGAAAGACCGUUUCAAGGUGGUAAAGUCACGCUCGCGUUACCUCACGUUGACGUGGACCACCGAUUCGAGUAAUGAAUAUCGCGGAUGGCGAAUUGAAUAUGAAUUCAUGCUGGAAAGCGCUGAGUGUGGUUUCACAACACAUGCGAUGACCGGAAUGGUGCAUUCACCUAAUUGGCCACAAGAUUACGGUAACGACGAAGAAUGUCUGUGGGAUAUUCAGGUUCCGCUUGGAUAUCAUAUUCAUUUACAAUUCACUCACUUCGAUAUCGCUCCAUCAGAAGACUGUGCAAAGGACUCACUAACAAUAUCACAGGAGCAUUCGUCAAAAGCGUUGGCACCAAUUGGUGACUACUUUUUCGAUUUUGAAGAUGAAGAAAGGCACUCACCACUUUGUGGCAUAGCUCUGCCGAAAUCAUUCCGUUCUGAAAAGUGCGGUGCAGCUUUCCGCUUAAUCCAUGGAGUGAUUUCGUCACCUAACUAUCCAUCCUACUAUCCGAAUCUGAACAAUGUCUGUGAAUAUCUGAUAGCGCCAGAAGGCGAUGCUGAACAAUCUGUGAUUGUUGUCAAACUAAUCGACUUCGAUUUAUCCGAUUCGAAAAUGGACUAUUCACGCCAGCCAUGUGCUAGCGAUUACCUAGAAGUACGUGACGUCAUCAAUAAGAGGAUAGUGACAUCGUACUGCGGUGGAGAACCGAUGAGUGAAGAAGCGGUAGCGAUUAAGGGUGCAGUUGGAUUACGGUUCAUCACGAAUCAAUCAUACAUAUAUGGUCCAAAAAAAUUACACAGAGGUUUUCAAUUCAGCUAUUCCAUUGACAAAUGUGGUGGUCGAAUAGAACUGAAUGAGUCAUCUGGAUACUUGGCAACGAUUUCCUCGCCGGCCUUUCCACUCGACUACCCUCAUAAUCUCGACUGUCUAUGGAAUGUUACAGCAUCCGACGGCAGAGUGAUUUCUGUAAAGUAUGAGUUUAUGGAACUUGAAUUCUCCAGCGGUUGUGGAAUGGACUUCGUCGAACUUCAUGAUGGUAUUGAUCUAAACGGUACCAGUAUGGGAAAAACAUGCGGACCGAAAUCUCAGAUGCCACCAGGACGACUUUAUACGAAAUCGAAUAAUCUCGUGGUGCAUUUCGUCACAGAUCACACGUUGAGCAAGGGUGGAUUUAAGAUUGUCGUCAUAGCGACUCUAGGGCAAUAUAUUCACAAUCUUCAUUGUGGAUGGAAUAUUAUUGGAGAAGAUCGCACUAUGCUGGAAUUGAAACUGACCAAAAUGGACACAGAGGAGCUGCAAGCGCUUCCGGGCCAACUAUCACCAAGCGGCUCGCGAUGCACCGACGCGAUUACGGUAGCGGAUUACGGUGUAUUGCAAAUCCUCAAACAAAUAUGA